AUUUUGGUUCUAAAAAAAUGCUUAAAAAUGAAAAAUUCCUUUCAUCUUUUAAUCUUUCUAUAAAGAUAAAAAUUGGGCAAACAUUUUUCUAUAUUAAUCGAUUUUAUUGUUAACACAAGUGAACGGUACAGUGGGAACAACUUUCACUCCAACUGUAUUUUACACAAUACAGAACCGUAAAUAUCGAUAUAUAAUCUGCGUAUACCAGUGAGCAAUGCAUUUCAAGCCAGAGGAUUUGCAGUACUUUCUCCCAGAUCUCUCUCGAGUAAUCACUUUUGGGACGUACGCCCAGUUUGACAGAAAAAUGAAAAGGAUCAAGCCAAGAGUCGAACAGUUACACUUUAUAACCCUGACUCCCUUUAAUUCACUGGAAUUCACCUUCACAAGAUCGCAAUAAAAAUGAAAAUGAUAUAAAAUCGGUAUAACACAAUGGCCAAUCUGCAGAUCCGAGAUUUCCUUGAUACAUCGACGAUUUAUGGUCUUAGCGAUACGUUAGUUGUCGAUGAUGAACUUACUAUACGCCACAUUGUCAUCCGGUUCGUAGGUGUAAGCAGAUAGGUGUUUCCGAUGGGACGAGUCACACUGACAAUUGCACUACCAGCACUUGCUUAUAUACGAGGACCUUCACCGUCACCGAUUCACGAAGAAAGCACUCUCUUUCCGACUGGCUUACGUUCUCCAAUCUUGUCUCCGCUUCUCCCCUUUUUUCCUUACUCUUCUCGUGGCGUUCCGUGAGUUCGAUGACCGCCGCUACGUCCGGUCUCCCUGGACGAGCAUUACGCUUGAUUUCAAGUGCAAUUGAAAUCGAUCCUCUCCGAAUGCGCAUCCUCCAUCAAUUGAAAUGGAAUUCCUGGUUUCGUAACUGACCUCGUCAAGCAGCUUCUCUCGUUGAUGAUUCAAUACCUUUGUCCAUUAAUUUCUUCUUCGCAUUGAAGAAUAAAUGGCGACGAGUCCAUUGAGAACCACCGUGUUACGCUCUUUCAUCGCAUGUUGGAUACUGUAAUCUUUCUUUCAAAUAAUUACCUGACAACAGUUUCAGCGUGUAAAUUAUACGGUCUUCGGAGCUCGUUAGUAUCGCGUGUGAUACGUACAAUCAUACGUGAUCGAAAGUUUCAUACAAUCUUGCGCUGUGACAUUUUGUUGUGGUCAUUAUAAUUGUUUUAAGAAUCAAAAUUCAAUUAGAAAAUUCAAGUGUAUGUAUACGAUACUUAUUGACUGACAACUACCGUUCACCUUUUCGCUUUAAAAUUAUAUUCGAUCGACUUUCUAGAUCUGUAGAGAAUACUACAAUUCAUUGAAGAGCCAGAAAUGUUAUUAAAUAUGUUUCGUUGCAGAUAUAUAUCCACUGUAUAUAAAUUCCAGAGUAUUAAUCGAUUAAGUAAAUAUAAUUUGAAAACGAUUUCAAUUCGGCUAUCUAAUCUCGCUAUGCAAAAUGUUUUCAAGCGUCGCUAAAUCGUAUAAUCGUCUUUCGGAUUUCCUCUAUGAGUCUUCCGCGGACGAGGAGAUCGUAUUAGGUAGUAGUACUUCCUACGCGGACUCGUAGUGUAAUUUCCUGCUGUAAAAAUGGUGAGAGUAAUCGACAAUUCUGAUAUGUGAACCGCGCGAGGCGAUUCACAGCCGAAGGAGAGAACGGUGAAAGGAUUAUCAAAGACUAAAAGAACGUCCAAAGUAAAAGGACUAAUCUGGAUCAUCUGGUUCUUUCUACGCUCGCGCCACGCUGUAUCUGUUCGCAUGCAUUCGUGCGAGGAAAGGACUUGCUGUCUUUGCUUAUCUAUAAAAUAAAGCGAGGCUACGUUAUACAAGUAACAAGAUACUGCUACAGCAUGUCACAAUCUAUUGAAGAUUGUAUUAAUUGGACCUCCCAUACACAGUUAACUUUUUCUUAUAUGUAAAUUUUUAUUUCUAAAAGAAAUCGAACCUUUUUUUUAACAAACUUCUUUUUCCUUCAUUCAUCGCUUGAAAUAAAGUCUUAUUUGAUAAUUGGAUUAUUCGUAGCAUGGGUGAGUCAUAGUAAGCACAUUAAAAUGUAUAUGCUUCCAAUCUAAAAACAAAAGUGUCGGUACCAGCCGUAUAGUCUUCUGGCAAGGGUAGUAAAAACCGGUUCAGUACAAAAGCAAAAGUAAAAUCAUUAUCCGCUCAGCCCUUUCUCCUCUCACUUUCGAAGAAAACUGGUGAUCUCAUAUCGAAAUCAAGUAUCUAUUGGCUACAUUUCGUGCAGAACAUGUACUAUAUAUCUACCUUUAACACGCAAUUAAAUUCCGCAUCAAUUUUUGAUGUAGUGGGACAUUAAUAAGUAGCAGAGCACAAAAACUAUAUCGUGUGAUUUUUAUUUUGUUCGUCUUUCAGGAGAAAGGCAGAAAGUGGCAAAAGGUGUAAAACGAAAAUAGCCUCUCGAAAGAGCGCCUUGUGAGAGGAGAAGCACUCAUGUCUGACAUAUAAAUCGACUGUAAAAUCGAAUCGAAUCGAAUUUCGUUUUACCUAUCACGAUAUAACUAUUUUCUAUCAAAUUUCUGGUAUUAAAGAAUAAAAUAGAAUAAUUGCUAACAGUGAUAAUUGUCAACUAGGGUGCAUGAACUUAAUACCCAAAGUAUGUCGGAUACGAUAUCGAAUCUCAUACGCUAGAAUGAAAUCACUUGGAAAUUUGAUCCACCGCAAGAACCUACUUCCACUUUGUUGCUCAAAAUGCAAAAUAAAUUAAAGCAGAGUCAGAAAAAUGACAAGAGAGAAGGGGACUUGGUAGUUUUCUGCGGUAGUUGGGUGAAACGCCAAUUGAUACGGAUAGAAGAUAAUCAGGAUAAUUAGAGCGCGAGCUUGAUAGCCUUUCCUUCCGUAAUUCACCGGAGAAGUGAGUUUAUUAUAACCAAUACAUAUAAACGAACAUAUAAUAUACUCUCGUUUAGUAAGUUCGUGUAUUUGCAUCUGCUGCCAAGUUUGCCGGUAAUAUAUCGUAUAUACCUUCACUUUCACUGUAAUUCACUGUGCAAUUCCCUCCUAAAUCAUCUUUAACCUUGAAAAUGUUAUAGUAAAUUUUCACUUAAAAAAGGAAAAGAUUUCUUUACAUAAUUUCGUGAUUUUCAUAAAAACGCUGAUACAGCUUUUAUGGACUUAAGCGAGUGGUUUUCUUUGACUCCUAACUACUAGUUUACCGUUUAGUUUCUCUCCUGCGAAAGAAAUCUACGUACAGGCAACAUUCUUGGUUCUCAGAGGAUACUUUCAAGUUCUAACAACAGAUAGAGCCACCAUGUUAUUAGGCGAGAAACUCAAUUUCUACUGCUACAGUAUUUAUGCACCCAAAGCUUUCAGAGACUUGACGCGCGAAAUUCAAACUUAACAAUAUAUAAACGACAUUUACACAAGAAACUCGUCUUUAGAAAAAGCUGAAAAAAUAAUUCAACAACCCGCAAAAAAAUUUAUUAUACUGCCUUUUAUUGUCUGUGUAAAAAGUAGCCGAAUGUUGUUGGCAUUUCCUAAAAAAAAUUUAAGAAAUUAUAACUAUAGAAAAUAAGUAAAACUAAUUGUCGACUAAAUGUACAAUUAAAUUUCUAACAGAUCAGGAUUUCUUAAUAUGCGCGUCCCACGAGUUGUUCGUUAUGCAAUUAAUGCAAUACCAGUGUUUUUAUAUUAUCCUGUGGAUAAGUCCAGUCCAUUCGUCACAUAUGAACAGGCCUAUUCAGGUAUGGCCACGAUAUUAUAGGUGUGGACAGUGGAAUCCCCGCUUCCCAAGGUUACAAAUCCAUCCAUUAGCCGUUUGAGCUAUAAACAAAAAAGAAGCAAGUCUCUUAGCAAAAGCACAAAAAUAUAAUGAAAGAAUUCAAAAUUACAAUGCAGGCUAAUGUAGGACGAUACAAUUCAUACGCAAUCAGCAAAAUUAACAAGAAAUAAUACACUAAGAUUAUUCGAAUAGUUAAGUGGAACGACAAUUAUUAUGAUUAAAAAAAUGUGUAAAUGAAAAAUAGUGCGAUGGAGAAAAUAAUCAAGAGAGAUGUGUUUUAUUUACAAAGAAAUUUCUAUGAACGUGUCUUUUCAAGGUUAAGAAAUUUUCACUAAUCAAAAUAAAUAAUUGAAUGCAAAUUAACUGCACAGUUAUUUCUAUUACCUCCAGGAACAUUACACACAGAACCAAAUUUUUUUGAACAUAAAAAAUUAAAAAUCUUUACGACACAGUUAGUCCUCUACAAGAUCAGCUUGUGCGAUAAUGGUACGAAAUUUACUCUGCCGUCAGAGUCGUAGAAUUCUGCAUAAAAUCUUUUUUGUUCUCUGGAAAAAAAAGAAUUAUAAGGAUCUUAAUAAUGCGUCUUCUGCAUUUGGAAAGUUAUAAAACAUUGUGAUGUAAGAUACCUGUCAGAUAUGUAUAUUAAAAUACGAAGUUGUCGCGAACUUAACGUUCGAUCAGAGAGAUUAAUACGAAUUAUUUAAAGUUCGUUGACAACGGUCCAUUAAAUCUUACAAAAGUCUGACAUUCGUUAUCCGAAUAUUUUAAAAGCUUCCUCUUCUUUUAACGAAGCUUGAUAAUGGGUGUACACGCGUUCACGAAAUGUCGAUAAGAAAGAAAGAGAAAAAGAUUGAAAAAGUAAAAGGAGAGACCAAAGUUGAGAAAGGAAACGUAUAGAGAUUUGCAUAAAUCAUCCUCCGUUCCUAUGGUGUUCACUUAAAUAUUGAGAGUAAAGACUGUGGGCGCGAAAAGAAGGGGGAGAAGAAGAACACCAACACUGAAACAAAGUUGGAAGUUCUGUUUUCUCUGGUCCGUGUUUCGUGUCACCAACACAGUAGAGGAUUUAUUCAAGAAACAUUUUGUCCACGGCGAUCAUCUCCCUGACGCAGGCCUUCAAGAGAAGUCAAUUAAAAAAUCUAGUUCUUCCAAUGCCAUCGGAUUGCGAAAUAAACUGGAGGGAGCAUCGGCCGAGUAUAAAAGGUCGAAAUAUCUUUGGGAUGAUACUCGACUCCUCAUUCAAACAUCAUACGGCUAACAUGAGGCUCCUGCUCAUCGCUCUGGUAAGGAUCCUCUUUUAUUGUCCCCUUAAAAUACCAUUCAUAGAGAUCUGUAUAAUCAGAUAUGUAUUACGUAAAGUACAUUGUUUAAAUUUUAAUUUGAAAAAUAUGUCAAAAUCAAAAAUAUUUCAGAUUUGCCUGGCGGCUUCUUCAGCUUUGUCGUUGCCGAAGCAAAAGAGGAAUAUCCUACCUGGUGAUCCACGUUAUGGAACCGACCAUCAUCAUCAUCACGAGAACGUAGUAGAAGACGCAAGAUCCCUUGGUGACUCUUACGCUCAGAUACCACAGACCGUCUAUGGACCUCCUGGAUAUCAACCAGGUGUUCCCUUAAACAAUGAGUACUUGUCACCAGUCAGUGAUGUCAACACACAUUCCGCACCGGUACUGUCUUAUGGAGUUCCUGAUACUGUUCAUAUAACUCAAAUAAACUUAAUAGAGGAUAGAAUAAUAGAAAAUUCGAUUAAUACCUACCUGGUACCAGAGGGAACGGUAUCAACCACCACGGUUUCGGUGCCUGUUGAAGGAGUCAAGACAGCGACCGCUAUACCGCCUGCAACUUCUUAUGGAACUCCGGAAAGUAAUGUUAAGAGCACAGUGGGAACUGGAGCCACUUCCCACGUGAAAUCUACAGUCACAAAUGUAAAGAACGGAGUCCAUGAUGUAUCUCCAUCAACUGUGAAUGUUGUUGAACAUGCACCUGUCGUAAAAGAGGUUACACAUUUUACUGGUAGAGUGCAAGCUCCCUCCUCGGUUACAACAACCAUAAGGAAAAAUGUUUUUGGCAACGGUCUGCUAACUGAAACAUUACCCAACACAUACAGCUCUUACGGAGGAGUCGUCCACGUGCCAAGCUAUGACGUUUCUUCCCAUGUUCCUUCCAUUCUUUAUUCGCCAGGAUUCAAUUCCUUUGACACUGUUUCAACUGGAUACAGUAGACUUAAUCCUGUAGCAUCUGAUAAUCAGGGUCUAAAUUUAGAUGUUCCUCUACCUCUUUCAUUUAAACUCCAAGUCAGUAAAAAUGUUCCAAACACCUAUUCUUUUCCACAACCUGCCGAGUUUCCUACAACAUAUCACGUUCCACAUUCGCUUACACACGUUGUGCAUCAUACACAGCCUGUAAACACCUUGUACUCCUCACCUUCCCUCUCCUCCGUGGAAUCGCUUUCUCCAGCACAGCAUGUAUCUUCCGUGGAAACUUUAACACCUCUGCGAUCAGCUCACACUGUGGAUACUUUCACGCCGGUGCAAUCCGUGGAAACCUUGUCACCGGUGCACUUGGUGCAUACCGUAGAAUCCGUGAAGUCGGUGGAAACCACGCCAGUCCAACAUACCGUGCACUCUGUUCAAUCUGUGCCAUCGGUGAAAACCGUGGGAACUCUAACACCAGUUGAACAUACUGUGCAUCCAGUGCAAUCCGUAGAGACGGUAUCAACGGUACGUCCUCUGGAAUCCGUAGAGACCGUGACGUUGCAUCCAUUGAAGUCAGUGGAAAUCGUGUCACCAUCGCAACCAGUAGAAUCUUAUCAUACGGUAGUUAAAACCAAUACACCUGUGGUUCAAAGUCACGUUCAGACACAGAAGGGACCGAUAAGCGAUUUUUUCCAAAAUCUUAACAUCUCGUUGCCCUCGUUUCCCUCGUUUCCCUCGUUGCCCUCGCUGCCCUCUUUCUCUUCGUCCUCUUCCUUAUUCGCCUUUACUAAUUCCCCCGCAAGCUCAACAACCGUAGUCCCAUUAGUGGAAACAUCUACCCCAUCCAGCACCUUUUUGGCUAGCGCUUAUAAUCAGGAAAGUAUCAACGUCGAUACUUCGUUAUUACACAAUGAUAACCUAGUGAAAAGUGUUGCUACAUCGAGUAACGAGUACGUUCAACCCACGGAUGCCAAAGGUGGAUACAUUUAUUAAAAGUACAUUGCAAAUGUUUUCUGUCAUGAAAUAUAACAAAAGCGUUGGAUGAGAUGUCCGUGUCGUACGAAGCAGAGUUAAGUUGUAGUUGAGAGGUCUAACGCGUUGG